AUGGAGGAGUCUACGCUUCUACGCAUAGUCCGAACCUUUCUGGAAGACAUCGUCUUGGACGAUAUCAAGGGCGAAGCGGAGGGCAUAUCCUACGAGCUGUCGGAGCUCACGUUUCCAUCCUUGAACACCACGCGAUGUUUUUGUCAUUUAAAGAAAGCUGCUCGUGCGGCUGAUGGAUCAGUAGUGCUGGGCAGUGGGCAAGGACAAGCUGUUAGUACAAAUGAAGAUGAGGCACUGGUGAGAAGAACGAGAAGUAACAACAUGUCUUCAGGUGGGAGCGCAUCGUCGUCUGUCGGAGCGAAUCAACAGGCAGACAACAACAGGAAUUUCUACCGGACUACCACUUCAUCUAGUACCUCUUCCACUACAACAGGUGGAACAGCAUCUUCUUCUUCUUCGUCUUCUGCUAACGAGGGAUCUGCUGGAGUUGCUUCAGGAGGUUCUUCACUAGUACCCUUGAAAAUAAUUGCAGCAGACGGAGACGGAGUACAACCCAAGAUGAAUGCCAGUGGUCUCUCCUCUCCUGCAGAGGAGCAUGUCGAGUAUUUCUCGAUUACAGUUAAGAAUUUGGGCCUCGUCCUGCACCACAAGUGGAAAUGCAGUGGCACGAUGAUACGGCUCGAGGGGGAGAACAUCGUGGAUGUCAAAGAUAGUCGAGCGGAGUUCGUGUUUGCGGUAACUGUUCGAGAAGAUGGCAGCUGCAAGUGCAAACAGGAUCCGCCACUCCCUCCAGCACCUGAUCCUCCAACAACACCUCCAUCAAGAACAAUAAAGAACAACACUCUAGAAGUCCGCAUUGUUUCAGCUAAGGUUGAGCUGGGAGAGUUGGAAUUGGCCAUUGCCAACCAUGACGAGGCCCAGAGUGUUGGAACGCUUCAGCGAGCAUGGACUUCCUUGCUUUUUGGCACAUUACGCCGGGUGUUGCAGCGGGCUUUGCAGGGUCCGAUGAUGAAAGAGAAGCUGGAGACGCUGUUGAGCAACUUGCUGCAGGAAAAAGUUAAGAUUUACUGUUCAUGUUCUUGUGAUGAAGAUCAAGGCUCCUGAGCUUUUUACAACUUGUACUAGUGUAAAGAUAACUAUUGUCCACCACGCAUGUGGAAGAUGGUCUGGAUGAUCAUUCAAUCUUAAGCAUAGUCGACAUGUCAGUGUGCUCUAAUCCUUCCCUGAAACCAUUGGCAAACGCAGAAUUGUUGCAAAAUUUGUUACCCGCGGAUCUCGCAGCACAGUUCCUGCAUUGGUUGCAUUCUAGUCUCCCGGUAGGGGGUGUGCAACUCUAGUGAAUAAGACUUUGGUACUACCUCUGUGUGGUGACUCGUUUGAAUCAAAAAUAUUCGAUGGACAAGACUGACAUUGGCACGGAAUGAAAAAACAUGUACAUGAAUGUUUUUUUACGUGCUUCGAACUUGAAGCAAGAACAAGCAGGAAUAAAUAUGAUUUGAAAUAAGCCGCAGUGGAGGACGCAAACGUCUUUUUGUCGGGUUCUACCAUGAUGAUGACGUUCAAGUUUAUACUCAGAAGUCUAUUCAACUGCAUGAGCAUGACUUUAAUUUGAUCCAGUACUACUUGAAUAAAAGCGAUUUAAAUCAUCUUGACCGUGUCAGUGUAAGUACUUAAUCGUAAUCUAAUAGGACGACCCGUUACUUUACUCAGUCGAUUCAGAUUCGGUUCGUUGUGAUAAUGUUGCAGUACAACUGAAACUGAAGAUCUCCUGGGUGAAACAAGUACUUAUACUGAGUCUGAG